GUGUUUAAUUGUGUAAGCAGUAUACGUGCUGUGAGUAGUACACUUGUAGAGAAAGCGAAUUGAAAUGGAUGUAACUGUAAACGAAUAAAUUUUUGAACAGAAACAGACCGUUUGGAAGCUACAUUAAUAUGCCUAUAGACAACAAUGAGGAACCAGACUGUCCUGCAUUGUCCAGUCCAGUGAGUGCUCUAACACCAGGAGAGAAAGAGGACAAUGGGUCCAGCAGGGCCUCGAGUGGACGCUCCAUCCCUGAGAGCAGUCAGGAAGAGCCAGCUGCUACAGCCUGCCCUGGUAAUGCUGGGCCUGAAAACUCCAGGAAAUCCCUGCUCCAUAUCAACCGUCAGGAGAUCCAGGCGGUGGCUCGGAACGAUCAAGCAGCCGAGCUCCAGGGUUUGGGAGUGGACGUCUAUGAUCAAGAUGUUCUGGAGCAAGGAGUCCUGCAGCAGGUGGACCGAGCCUUCCAGCAGGCCACUAUGGCCACGGCGAGGGCCGAUGCAGAGAAAGAAUACGAAUCCGUUCUGGAUGAUGUCAGGUCAUGCACAAGUGCUCUAAAACACAUCAACAAGAUAUUAGAGCAGCUCGCUCCUCAUGCCGCCUCCAGCAAGGACAUCAGCCGGAAAAUCGACUCUGUCAAAAGGCAAAAGGAAAACAAGGAGAAGCAGUUAAAAAAGAUCCGAGCCAAGCAGAGGCGGUUACAGGCCGUUUUGAGUGGAGAGGAUAUACAGAAGCUCGAGGCAGAGUUAUUGACUGAGGAUGACACAGAGGCAGGCCCAUCCACACAGGGCAGCAUGCUCAUGCCUGCUCAGGAGACGGAGUGGGAAGAGCUCAUCCGCACAGGUCAAAUGACGCCUUUUGGCACACGCAUCCCUCAAAAGCAAGAGAAGAAGGAACCACGCAAGGUGAUGCUGAGCGAAAACUCUGGCUUCGACAAGUACCUCGCUGACCAAGCCAUUAUGGCAGAGAGAAGAAAGAAACCAACACCAAAGAAGAAGAGGACAGUUUCCAGGAGUUCCUCUGCAGGCGCCCCAAAUAACAAGGCGUCCUCCAAGCAAGAAAAGAAACUGCAGAAACGGAUGCGGAAACUCCAAAGGACUGCUCUAAAGGCUCACCCCAAAGCAAGGCCUAAAACAGAGAAAGCAUUUCCCCAGGCCAGACAGAAGGGCUACAGGGAUGACGGCACAGACAGCGAGGGUUCCGAGUACGUGCCUAGUGAUGAGCUUAUGGAUCCCGAGGAACCAGAGCGAGAUGACGAGUUCUGGCUGGAUGAAAAUGAAGAAUAUGAACUUAAGCCGUAUAAGAAGAAGGAAGCUAAAACCAAGAAGUCAAAAAAAGAAGACGGAAGCGAGGAAUACCUUCCUAGCAGUUCUGAGGACGAGGACGCGGAGAGAAAAGUCAAGGUGAAGAAACACAAAGACGAUGGGGAUAUUGAAUCCUACAGGAAAAGAAUUCGGAAUUGGAAGAGGCAGAGACUCCAAGAGAAAGAGCAGAAGAGGCAAGCAGGGGAGGACGAGUUUGAAGAGAGUGAUGCUGAGUUUGAUGAAGGUUUUAAGGUGCCCGGAUUUCUUUGGAAGAAACUCUUCAAGUAUCAGCAGACAGGUGUCAGGUGGAUGUGGGAACUGCACUGCCAGCAGGCAGGAGGCAUUCUGGGAGAUGAGAUGGGCCUUGGCAAGACCAUCCAAGUAAUAGCUUUCCUGGCAGGCCUGAGCUACAGCAAGUUGAAGACACGUGGCUCCAAUUACAGGUAUGCUGGAUUGGGGCCCACAGUCAUCGUAUGCCCAGCCACAGUCAUGCAUCAGUGGGUGAAGGAGUUCCAUACCUGGUGGCCUCCAUUCCGUGUAGCAGUUCUCCAUGAAACGGGUUCCUUUAAUAAUAAGAAGGAGAAGCUCAUCCCUGAGAUAGCCGCUAGCCACGGGAUCCUCAUUACGUCUUACUCAUAUGUACGCAUUAUGCAGGAUUACAUUCAGAAAUACGACUGGCAUUACAUCAUCUUGGAUGAGGGCCACAAAAUCAGGAACCCAAAUGCAGGCGUGACUGUUGCAUGCAAGCAGUUCCGGACCCCUCAUCGGUUCAUCCUCUCUGGCUCACCAAUGCAGAAUAACCUGAAGGAACUUUGGUCCCUUUUUGACUUUGUGUUCCCCGGGAAACUGGGGACACUUCCUGUCUUCAUGGAGCAGUUCUCAGUGCCUAUCACCAUGGGGGGCUAUUCUAAUGCCUCUCCUGUGCAGGUGCAGACAGCCUAUAAAUGUGCCUGUGUCUUGCGCGACAGCAUCAAUCCGUACCUGCUGAGGAGGAUGAAGGCAGAUGUAAAGGCCAAUCUCUCAUUACCAGACAAAAAUGAGCAGGUACUGUUCUGUAGAUUAACUGAAGAACAGCGGCAAGUCUAUCAGAACUUUUUGGAUUCCAAGGAAGUGUAUCAGAUUCUGAACGGAGAUAUGCAGAUUUUCUCUGGCUUGAUAGCGUUGAGGAAGAUUUGUAACCACCCAGACCUGUUCACCGGUGGGCCACGCAUGCUGAGGGGCAUACCUGCGGAGGAACUGACUGAGGAGGAGCACUUUGGCUACUGGAAGCGCUCGGGCAAGCUAAUAGUGGUGGAGUCUCUGCUCAGGUUGUGGUUCAAACAGGGACACAGAGUCUUGCUCUUCACUCAGUCUAGACAGAUGCUGGAGAUCCUGGAGGUGUUUGUCAGGGAAAAUGGAUACACCUGCCUCAAAAUGGAUGGCACCACCACCAUCGCGUCUAGGCAGCCGCUCAUAGCGCAGUACAAUGAGAACAAGGAUAUAUUUAUUUUCCUUUUGACGACCAAAGUUGGAGGAUUGGGGAUCAACUUGACUGGUGCGAACAGAGUAAUUAUCUACGAUCCGGACUGGAACCCUAGCACAGACACUCAGGCCCGGGAACGUGCUUGGAGAAUAGGGCAGAAACAGCAGGUGACUGUGUACAGGCUGCUCACCGCUGGGACCAUCGAAGAGAAGAUUUACCACAGACAAAUCUUCAAGCAGUUUCUCACAAACCGAGUGCUCAAGGAUCCAAAGCAGCGGCGUUUUUUCAAGUCCAAUGACAUUUACGAGCUCUUCACCCUUACCAGUCCUGACGGCUCCCAGGGAACUGAGACCAGUGCAAUAUUUGCAGGCACUGGCUCAGAUGUACAGAUUCCAAAGAGACACAAGGCGCCUCAUCGUUCGCCAUCAAACCCAAAACAGAUGUCAUCAAAGCCAGAGAAACCUCAGUCAUCUUUACUGUGUAAAGAAAACUCUUCACCUGAGCCUUUAAAGAGAAACACUCCAACUCUUAAUGGCCUAUCCAACAGUAACUCCAACAAGGAAAGUGAUUCUUUAAACAUUACAUCCACAUCACACUCUGCUGAUGGUUCAUUAACAAACGGUCAUCAGCAAGAUCUCUUUAUUGCCAACACUCCUCAGAAACACAGGGAAAAGAAAAAGCACUGUGACGUGACGGACGUUGCGAGCCAGCCCUCAGAUAAGCAUAAACGCAAGCAUAAAAAACGUAAGCACGGCGAAGACGUCUGGUUUGAGGGUCAUCGUAUCUCUCACCUGGUGAAGAAGAGGAGAUAUAAAAGAGAAGACAACGAGGAUCAGAAGGAGACAAAAGAUGAGCAGAAGAACGACGACUAUGUUCUCGCCAAACUCUUCAGGAAGUCUGGGAUCCACAGUGUUAUGAAACAUGACACAAUCAUGGAGGCAUCAAACCCAGACUAUGUCCUUGUGGAAGCUGAGGCCAACCGGGUAGCUAAAGAUGCCCUUAAAGCUCUGAAAGUGUCCAGACAGCACUGCAGACUGCCAUUCAGAGGAUCUGCAACAGCAACACCAACCUCUGCCAGAAAACGAUUUGGACAGAAGAAGAACUCUCUUCUCAACCAGCCCUCAAACACAGCACAAAAAGCAGGCGAGAAAUGCAAGGAUGCAGAGUUCAUAAAGAAAGCAUGCAUCAAGAAACUAAGAUCAACUACCCACUUCAGUGGUGAGGGAGUGGAAGAAGAGGCGCUUUCUACCUCCCUCUCCUCCUCCUCACUGUUAGCCAGAAUGAGGGCCAGGAAUCACGUCAGUUUACCUCAGAGCCAUAAUGAAGAAGAAGAUGAUAACGAGCAAAGAGCACAGUCUUCCACUCCACAUGCUUCCGCUACUGAGCAUGAUGAGCUGCUGGUGGAUUUGAGGAACUUUGUGGCCUUCCAGGCUCAGGUUGAUGGCCAAGCCAACACUCGGGAGAUCCUGGAGUAUUUCACUCCGAGACUAACCUCCACUCAGACUCCAGUGUUCAGAGAAUUGCUUAGGAACAUCUGUGACUUCCACAGGCUCCCUGGACAAGAAGGGAGUUGGAAACUCAAAGCUGAGUAUAGAUGACAUGAAUUGAAUAUGUAUAAUAUUUAAUGAUUUCUUAAAUUUAUGCUUACCAUAUGUGGUACAGUAUGACUGAACUCUGCACUUUGAUAAAUGCAGUAAUUUUUCAUGGUUAAUGUAUAGUAUAUAUGUUGCUGUCAUGUAGCAUGUUGUUUAAUGAUAUGGGAUUGAUAAAAACAUACCUUUUAAAAUAUCUUUACUUGACAAGAUUUUGUUCACUUUUUCUGUACUUUUUUGUGUUAAACCUGAGAUUUACUUGAUAAUACGUUGUGUAUAACUGGCAAUGCACAAAUGUCAUUCAGGGACAAACAUGGGCUAUAACUGUGACUGUAUAAAACAUUGUAUUUUUCCCCUCAACUGUAUGCUUGAUUGAGUAAUUUAAAUCUCUUUUCUUGUUUUUUUUGGUGUGGCAAUGCUGUUUACUGUUUACGUACUUGUUGGUUUUAACAAAUUCUAGUGCUACAUUCCAAUGUUAGCUUGAUCAUUCAGCUGUUUAUAUAGAACAGUGUUCUGUGUGGCUGUAUUUGGCUGGUUAAGUAAGGCAUCAUGUAAUGCUAUAUUAAAACCACUCAAAUGGGUCCAAAUAUAAGUAGGUUUAUGUUUUGCCUUUUAAUUAUUUUUUCUAGAAUUCACUGUUGGUGAAAGAUCCUCCAAAUGCAUCUUCCUCGAUAUGGAAUAAUCAUGAAAUAUUUGUAAGAUGAGAUCAAUAUGGUCAUCACUGUCAUUUUUAAAUAUAAAAGAAGUUCCUCACAAUUA